CUCUGGUCUUGCACAAUUAGGUUUUUCUAGCGUCUCCGAUAUGAUUUGCUUCCAUCCACCAACGCGUCCUGCGUCCAUUCAUUUCCGACUGUCUUCUCAAGCCUCGUGGGGAUUGCGGUCCUGAUUCCUCCAUUCCACAAUGUCCGAAUCCGAAUCCGAGGGUAAGAAGCCUUUCAAGGACAUCGUUAGGCAUUUUUCUCCCGCAUGGUUUGCCGUCAUCAUGGGCACUGGGUCGAUUAGCAUCCUGUUUCAUGCGUUUCCGUAUGGCGUGGGCUCUGCCGGGAUGAUGAUGAGGACCAUGGCGCUCGCGUUCUUCUUCCUCGAUACGUGUCUCUUCGUCGUCUGCCUGUCCGUCUCCGUCCUUCGCUAUGCCAUGUUCCCCGACUCGUGGAGCUCAAUGAUGCGUCAUCCGUCCCAGAGCCUCUACACCGGCACUUUUCCCAUGGGCGCUGUGACCAUUCUGACGACGGCAGUCAGCCUCGUCCAUGAAGACUAUGGAUUCGGUGGAAAGCCAUUUUUAUAUGCCAUUUGGUGGUUAUGGUGGUUGGACGUGGCCUGUUCCUUCAUAUGUUGCUUCGGCGUCUUGUAUUACAUGCAAACGGCACAUGUUCACGCGUUGCAAGGAAUGACGACAACUUGGCUGCUGCCGGUAGUGACUCUGGUUGUCGCCUCGUCAGCUGGCGGCACCAUAGCGUUGUCGCUACGCCAGUAUUCGCUGGACCAUGCACUCGUCACCAUCACCGCCUCCAUCUUCAUGGUGUCGAUCGGACUAUCAUUAGCCCUCAUGCUGCUAACAGUGUAUCUCCUCCGCCUCAUUGUAUACGGUCUCCCGCCCGGCUCGCGAAUUACCUCCGUAUUCCUACCUCUCGGACCCAUGGGGCAGGCCGGGUACUCCAUCCUCCUCCUCGGACAGUUCUUCCGCACCGUGUUGCCCCUUCCCUAUGGAAACUCGGAACUACUGGCCGACGAGUCGACGGGCCGCGCCAUUAACGUGUUCUGCACGGGCAUUACCGUGGUCCUGUGGUCCCUGGCGUCGAUGUGGCUGUUAUUUGCCCUCUUGGGAUUACAGAAGGCUCUCCGUCGAACGCGUCUCCCCUUCAAGCUAGAAAUAUGGGGCAUCAUUUUCCCGAACGGCGUCUACGCGAACCUUACUCUCAACCUCGCAAGCACUUUUGACUCGUCGUUCUUCCGGGUGUGGGGAUCGGUAUAUGCCGUUUCGACGCUGCUCGUGUGGUGCUUGGUGGCUUCGCGCACGCUAGCGUUGACUUAUAGUACGCAGAUAUUCGAAGUGUCAUCUACGAAUGAUGCGGACGUGUCGGAAGGAACCUGGGACGUAAUAGUGUAAAACUGAUCAGAUCCUGCUGGAAUCAAAAAGAGUGGUUUCGGAAGAGUGAGGGAGUGCGUACCAUAACUUUAGAUAUGCAACCUCCACUUUGAUCAUGUCACUGUUGCUUGCAAGUACGUACCCAGUGCUCGCCCAAUCUUGCAGUUCACGUUUACUGCCUGCACUUCUGCCAGCUAGUUAUCGAAUGCUAGAGGUAAACAAUUCCGUUUGUAUCGAUUCCGCGGGAGAAC